AUGGCCCGGGUCCAGUCCACCGACGCCACUCUCAACCGGUUCUCCGAACAGGCAGGCGAGAACUACAAGGACCUAUUUGGCAAGCCCCAGCCACAACAGACCAACAACCGUCCAUUUGCGUCCUCGGAGACGUUGAAACUGCAAACCCGACUGUCCAACAUGUCCAGCAAAUCCUGGAUUGGGCUGUUCGAAGACACCCCCGAGAUCCGCACCCAUUUCGUCCGCUCCCAUGGCAUGCUCGCCGUCAUCGACCUCUUGCAACAGUUCCAGAGAUCACGUGACCUCAUCAGCCUGUUGCUGCGCACUAUCAACCUGGUGGGUGUCCUCCGACCCGAUCUUACGCAACAUCAGCCCAUCCUUUUGAACCUAGGGCCGAAAGGUAUUUGGGAUAUCAGCCACGCACCCAAACUCUUGGUGUUACACCCAAUCCUGCGCGAUUGGGGGGUUGGAUUGACUACAUCGGCCCACUUGAACAAGACCGUUGAUGAUGACGGGCAAGGGACGAUUCCGCAGCAUCAAUUCUGUCUCCAAUAA